AGGGGAUGUAUUUUUUAGGUUAAACAUAUGAUGCCGUGUGAUUUCUGAAAGUCACUGAUUAUGUUGACGUGAAUUGAUAUAAAGUCUGAUGACGAGAUGAAAACAGAGAGCGAUAAGACCACAUGGUAUUUCAUUUACUAACUUCUUACUACCAUCAUACAUAUCAAUAUCUUUCAGCAGCAUCAAAAUGACGGAAACAAGAUGAUGCGCACUCGUCUCGACGUCUUGCUGCAGGAAGUGGGACUUCGAGUGGAAAUGCACGUCGACAGAAGAGUUCGCUGACCUCUCACGUUCUACUGUGCUGGAUCCCUCUCACGUUCUACUGUGCUGGAUCCCUUGAUCUUGCAAGCAUCCAAACCGAAGAAAGAAACGAUUUUCGUUUGUGUGCCUACGCCAUCUUGUGUGCCUACGACCAAGAUGAACACGACUUCUUGGCUCGCAUCCUCUGCUGCAGAGGUUGCUGCAUUGUUAUUUGAUCAGAUUGAUCAGGACAAAGAUGGUUUCAUAUCGAGACAUGAAUUCACCAAUAUGCCAUGGGAUACCUUCCGGAGACUCUUUGUGGAGGGGAUGGAGGUAGUUUGCAAGUAGUCUAUGUUGAAGUUUUCAAGUAGUCAACAUGAGAUCGAGAUAUUGAUAUUUUGCUUCAUCUAAGUCCACCUUCAUGACUACUUACUCGGCGUGUCAUGCACGUUCUCUUGGCUAAAAUAAGCCAUCUCUCUUCCCUCUCCCUCCCUCCUCCUCUCCGCCUCUCUUAGAACCUAAGCAAACAUCACAAUUUUUGAAUCUGCAGAAUCGCGCAUUGUCUUUGCUGGACACGAUGCUCCAUCCAUCGGAAAUUCUACCAAAGGAUGGAGGUGGCAUAUCCUCCAGUAGUAUCUUUUGGUUCGUAAAGAACUACCUCUUUUUUGUGGUGUUUCUGCAAGUUUCGCUCUACCUGAUUGAGAACUGGCGAGCGAUGAUGGGGCUGCGCUUUACCUGGUCGUUUAAAAUUAUGAUUUGGAUAUAGGACUCGGUGAAGAUGCUAAGUUGACAGUGACUAGAAUGCUGCAUGUUGUCCUCACGAUGAUUUCCCCUUGUCACCCUGUGCGUAUCUGGAUACAUUUCUCUUCCAGUCACCUUUGCAGUUUGUGGCUAUUGUAAAGAAUCGAAUAGCAUUAAUAUAGUCCAUCCUCGUUGUUUGAUCCUCACCCUCACCUCGCCUCUUCAAACCAAGCGACGUGGAUGAGAGCGAUGAAAGCAGUUUGCAGCAUUGUGGGAAAGCGGAAGCCUUUAUUUACGACACGCCGAAUACAGUGUACGAAUACGCCAAGAUGUGGUUUUUCAUAGGAACCGGAAUUGCCUUUGUGCGGUUUGUUUUCAUGAUCAUAUCUCUGGCAAGCGGCAUCCUGUGUCCAUGCAUAGCGGUCUGGGCUCCACAUGGAAGUUUGUGGUAGUUUGCUGCUUAUUAGUAAGUAGAAUUGUUGGCACUUAGUAGUAUUUUCCAAAAUCGAUGAGUACUUCCAUUCUUCUCUAGCCUUCCUCCAUACAACUCUUCUCGUACUUGUACUUACAUAAACACCUUUCUUGCAGUAGUUACAUAAACCUUUCUUGCAACUUUUAUUCGAUUCUUUCAUCUUCCAGGUUCCGUUUUUGGCUUGGCAUGGCCAGGAUAUGCAUGCGAUCGAUGUUGUUCUGGUUGAACUACUAUCGUCUCGACAUACACGGCCACUUCGACAAGAAAGCGAAGAUUUUGGUGGCAAAUCAUCCAGCGAUUUUGGAGGUCAUUAUCCUCUUCGCGGAAUCAGGAGGUUGCUCUUUUGUGUCGUCGGUGAAUAACCUUGCCUUCCCUGGUUUCGCGCAGAUCGCGAAUGCAGCGCAAGUUAAGGCUGUUGUAAAACUACUAUCCUCAUUUUCAGCACUAGUAUCGAUUCUUGACCUGUUUUUACUCUAUCGAAGAUCCUUGACCUGUUUUUACUCUAUCGAAGAUCCUUGACCUGCUUUUACUCUAUCGAAGAUUCUUGACCUGCUUUUACUCUAUCGAAGAUUCUUGGUAGUUACGUCCUGUCUGAAGCUGAAAAGGCGUCGCCUGAUUUGUUUAACGCUAGUCAAUCAUUAUCUCCACCUUGCACUCUAUCUUCCCAAGUACUAACGCGGAAUGCCUUGGUAAGCAGGUCUAAUGACUCCGUAAUCGUGUCACAGGGAGAUCCAGAGACGAGACGGAACACACUGAGAGAAAUUCUGACCAGAACAAGGGACCCACGCGCCAAUCAGUUGAUGAUUUUCCCAGAAGGAACGACGACAAAUAAUCGCAGUUUCCUCAAGUUCAAAAAGGGAGCUUUUUCUCCGGGAGCCCCUGUGCAUUAUGGCUUAGUAUUGUAUUUGUAAAUAUGAUGCGCUAUCUUUCAGUUGUUCAUCUGGUGCUGGUCGAUCUUCUUGUAGUAGAAAAGCGGAACGAGGUAUUAAGGACCCACACGAAAAGAGGGUCAUACUUGACAAAUGACAAUGUGAGAUAUUAAGAGAUGGAUUUCGCAAGGUAUAGUUCUAAGCAUAGCCUGUUUGCUUUCGCUUCCCAUACACAAACUUCAACCCUUGCUGGACCGGAGAAGCUUGUGGAGGCAACAACAUGAGCAUGGUAUGCCUACGGACGGUCUGUCAAUUCGCUAAUCUUAAGGGUGUCCAUAUUGCAUUCUGCACUUGCAUCCUUGACCUUUUUCCAAGUGGAAAAUGGGCCAAGGAUGUUCUGAAGAAUGUAAUGCUUCAACCUCUAAUAAUCGAGUCCAGGUGAAAAUUUUGCGCCGUUACGUCCCCUCUGAAGCUGAAAAGGCGUCGCCUGAUUUGUUUAAGGCUAGUCAAUCAUUAUCUGCUGUGGACUAUGCUGAGAGGGUGACUUUUGAAUGGGAGAAAGGGAAGAAAUUUCAAGGGAAUUCAUUUAAAGGAGAGAAAGGGAACCCAAUCAGCCAAGGAGAGUGAUUGCCUAUCUUUAAUGUGUACGCUGAGAACGUGCGGAAAAGGAUGGCUCUACACAUAGAAUGGCCUCUGUCCACUGCAGCGGCUGAGGACUACGCGGUGCAACAAAAAUUAAGGCUGUUAAUGAACUUUCAGUGGUAUGUCUGAUGAAUCUCCGAGGAUGUGCAUGUCGAGCUUGAACUUGGUUUUUACAAGAAGAAUCGCCAUAAUAAUUCCUUCGUCUGAGAAGUACAUGUUUUGUUUCCAACCACUGGUGCAUUUUCCUACAGGUUUCAAGGUGAACAAAUUCUCAAGAAUAACAAAGCUCUAUUCCUUAUCAAUCACACUUUUCCAUAUUCCAAGUACUUACUCGUCAAACAACUCUUCUCUCUAAGUUCUCUCUUCAAAGAGGAACUGUACAAAACUCGACGAUCCGGAGUUGAGAACGCAUCCGGAGUUGAGAACGCAUCCGGAGUUGAGAACGCAGCUGAUGAAAACCCUACUCCGUCUCCGUCGCCAACGAACAACGCUCUAGGUGCUGGUGAGUCUGCAAGUAGUUCGUCAGGUACAAGAACGAGAGAAAGAGAAGAAGGUGCUACCGGCGAUGAAAAACAAGUCAAGAGCAAUUCCUCGCAACCAUUAAUCGGAAGCAAGUCGAGUCGUGACAGUGAGGAAAGCACAACGACCUCUGGCAGUCAAGAGGACGAGGAAGAUGUGCCACUUUCGAGGAGUAACGCGCGAAAAUCAAGAGUAAGUGUAGCACAGCGGUUUGUGACGGCUAAAGAAGGUCAACAGUCGUCUGAGACGUCCUCCGCUGUGGAUGAGUUCGCUUCUAGUAUGUCGGAGAGCGAAAGCAAUCAGGCUUCGUCAAGUGGCCGUCUUCAAACCGAAGUAGUGCUAGACGGUGGCGUCCAACUAGAUGGUGAUGGUGUUGUUAAUGGGAGGACGAAACAAGGCACGGAUACGGAUUAUAGUGGCAGCAAGGGAAGAGUACUAGACCACAAGGAUAAAAAUCAGAGCACGAUUGUAAAACAGCAACCAGCGUCGCCGGCGUCUUCUGAGAACAAUAUAUCCACCUCUCCGGAACAAGACGAGGGGGGCCCAACAAUACCUCUCAAAGAAUUAAAGGAGUUAAAGAACCUGAUCGCCAAAGAGUCGAACCGUACGACUUCCAGAGAAAAAAUAAAGCUUUUUGCGUCACAAGCGGCGAAAACAUUACGGUUUAGUAGACACUCGAUUAGACAGUAGAUGUUAUGAAGGAGCAUCUUGGAACUGUCGGAACUGUCCCAUAAGCAAGGGGAAAGCAGGUCCAAGAAAGAUGAGUGAUCUGAAGAUGCUGGAUCCUUUAUUGGGUGAACCCAUCUAAAGACAGCGCAUUUCUGUUAUUUCAACACCGCUAUUGCAGCAGAUAACCGGAGGAAGAACCUACAACUGGCAGUUGCAAAGUUUUUGCCUAAACAGUUUGUUGAAGGACCUGACGCUUUGGCAAGAACAUUGCAUCCACAGGGGGUCGUAGAGUCGAAUUGGAGUGAUCCUGUUAAGAGUUCAUUAUUAUCGAACUUGAGAACUUGAAUUAAUAUACAUUUUCCAGGAGGUGGCAUCCUGGACUUUUUUUCAAGGAAGUUGCAAACAAACAGAUCAAGGAUGUUGGUUCUGAAAUAGAAUUGUUCCGAAAUUCUUCUAAUUCUGAAGGAGGCUACGUGACGCCAGCAGGCAUCCGGAACAUGGCAGUAUUCAAAUAUCAAGCGGGAAAAUACAGCGAGCUAGACCUGAUAUUGAACCCGUGGUGGUUCUGGGUUUCUUCGAAGGUACCGAAGUGGAUGUCACCAAAUGGCGUCACCUUCGUUGGUUUUCUCACGAUAACAGCUGGCCUAGGUGCACUUCUUUUCGUGCACUACUUCUUAGUCUUGACAUCUGCAGGUGCAGCUUCGGCCUCCUCGGGUUCAGCUUCAUCAAUAGCGACAGCUGAUGAUCAGGUCGCUACUGGCAUGCUAGGCGGUCUACGAGCAUAUCUGGCCACAGCAUUACAAGGCAUCGGGCGGCCUCCGUUUCAUAUAUUUGCAGGAAUAUCGAUCUUGAUCUACCAAACCUUAGACGCAGCGGAUGGAAAACAUGCACGGGCGACUGGACAGAGUACACCACUAGUUAAGCCUAAUCAGUCACAGUCACUAGUAUCUGGUGUGAAGUACUAUCCUGAGUCGUGGCUUCCUCCUUACAAUAUACAGAGGACAAACUACCAAGUGAGUGGAGCCCUCCUUGAUUUAAAAGGGAACUAAAGGGGAAAACUCAAACUGAAGGCACCACUCGGCCACGGAUUAUAGUGAUUGCCCAGGAUAGAAGUGAUUGCCUGGCUUUAAACUGGGGGCCCUCUUCGACCACGGAUGUGAUGCGAUAGCGACUCUGUGGCUUUCCUUGUUCUGCCUCUUGUGUAUCUACGAACCAGGCAUGCCAGUGGGUUACUGUGAACAGUCUCCUGUUUCCUUCGGCAUCUUUCUUCUAGCCCUGUACUCGAUGUUCUUCUGUCAGUGGGAACACUAUCAUACUGGUGUUUUGCCAGCGGAAGGAUGCACCGAAGUUAAGGCUAGUCCAAAUUUACCUCUUAAGAGGUCGCGCACCUUGCUUCAAUGUACUGUUUUGAAGGCGAAAAUGCUCGAAGAUGCGACUCUGUAGAUGUCAAUAUGGGCAAGGUCUAAUGACGCCCAGAUCCUGAGUGCGUUCCUCGUUGUAGUCACAGGCUUUUCGGAGAUACGCGCGACGAUACUUCUACCAUCUGACGAGAUACCUUUGCCUGCCUUUAUAUCGGAUGCGAUUUUCGGCGAGUCUAGUGCUAGCAUCGAUGAGCAGACUGCGGGUGAAGGCCCGACUGCUAGUACAACUGCUGCUAGUACCGGUAGUGCUGGUAUCCGCCUCUACAGAAAAGACAUGAUUUUGAUUUCUGGUCUGUUUUUUGGCUUUUUCGUUAUUGGUGGUAGCAUCAGACGAGUCUUUUCCAAGUGGUGCGCGGGGGCGAAGAAUGACCAUCAGAAAGAACCUAGUAGUAGUACAGCUUCUUCGCCAUCGUCUUCCCCAACGGAUCAUGGGAAUGAUGCACACGCCAAUCCACUGGGAAAUCCGGUGUUGACAUUAUGCCAUCAAGCGGAUAUUUUCAAAAAAAUUUAUUAGCUAACGGUUACUGAUCUUAGAAAGUCCUAGGUUCAUCUUAGUACUAGCUAACGGUUAAUUUUUCUCAGUGAAGACGGACCGUUCGACCUUUACUAACUCAUUUCUCAGUGAAGACGGACCGUUCGAUCGACAAGAUGAACAGAUGUUGGUCAUCAUCUCUCUUUAGGAUCCUCGAAUCUGAGAACAUCCCCUUCUGUUUGUUCCUCUUUCAUCUGCUCUCGUGCCCGUCUACUCGCACAUGUUAAUGUCUGCAGUGUGGUACUACUCCGACACAAGAAGUGGAGGCGCAAGCGAGACGCCGCAUCUACUGCGGGAAAGCAUAUUGGGCUUGGCGCAGGUCGACCUCACCAUUCGCAUGAUUAUAUCCGGAGUGUGUCUCAUCAAAUAUCCGCUUUUCCAUCUUACGCAUGUGCCUUUGAUGUUAUGGAAGAAGCAUGGAAGAAACUUUAACUUUCAAGUAUGACGAGAAAUAGACCUACUAACUUUAAUCCUCUCCAACCAUCUGACUCAAUCUCGUCUUGGCCCUUCAAUCGUUUGACAUAGUCUGCGGGUUUUCAAUAAGAGCAUAGAAAAGCGUGUUUCAUCUGCACUCCUUCUCUUUCCCUUCUAACCUUCGUUUACACCGCCUUUCUCCUUCUUCCUGCUGAAUAUGCGGACAGCCUCGAUAUGACGAGGUCGAACUGGGAUUAUCUCGGUUUGCUUGAUAACUGGGUCUUCGUCCGUGAUCUAGUGCAGACGUAUUGCUAUCCACUUUACGUGUCUACGUUGACGAGCAGCAGUUGGUCGAUCUCUCAGUUUAUUCCGAAUUACUGGAGGCUACUGCUUUUGCUGUUGUGGGAGAUACUGAGUGUUUUGUGGAUUUUUAUGGCCUAGUAGCGGCUAGGCAGAGAACUGGUUCUCUGUGACUCAUCUCAAAUUGAUUAGUUCCCCAAUAACUUUCCCUGGCACUUUCUUAUCUCACGCUUCAUCCGGUUUUAUGGCCUAGUAGAUUCGUAAACUGAAGAGAACAUUAGUUGUAGUCUGAAUCUCUGUUCAGAAGCACAAUUAUUCAAACUCAACUCGUUCCAGAGUUUUCCAUUCGAUGGAUCAAGGACUACACCUCAGGAGCUACUUCUUCAUUGAUCAUUCGAUGAUUGAAGCUCCUCUAUUAAUUUCUCACUCGUCUCCUGUUAAGAAUACCAGUACUACUUCUAACCUUGCCGUCGACAGCAUUUCACGAAUUUGUGGGUAUUUGCGGCUGCCGUGUUUUGCGCCCCUGAAGGAGCCAUGGUCGGCCGAUAGGGCCCUUGCCCGCAGGAAAAAGAGCGAAGACGGCCUUUUGUUAUCGCCGAAAAUGAUGGCGACAUGAACAUGAACUAGGGUUUCCGUGUAAGCAAACAAUUUUUUUAUCUGUCACAUGAAUAAGUACAUGGAAAAAGCAAAAGGCACCACGUCCAGAGCAAAAGGCAUCACAGGUGGACUUCUCUCAAUUCUCUGGUAGAGAUGGUGAACCAUAUCAUAACGAGGAAUGAUCACAUCACAACAUGGGGCAGCGAAUUCUCGCGAGUACAAAGAAUCAGAAUACCUUAUUCUCACUUGAUCAGUAAAAUAGGAAUAAAAUAUUUUUCGCGACGUCUUGAGGCUACCUUCCUCUAUUCGUUUUUAUGGCGAGUUCUCUCAUUCGUCAUGUCAAUCUGCUGAAACAUAGAAGUGCUUUAUUGAGUUUGAGAAAAGAACAUAUCGUUCUACUCUGGUAACGACCCUGGAAGACAGAGUGGGGAGAUAUUGUUUUUCUCGACUCAUCUUUUCAUCAUUCCCAAAAUGCUUUUGGCCUCCCUCCCUCAUUCUGGUCUUUAUUGCCUUAUGAAUGAAUGAACGGGACGUGCGCGUCUCACAGGAUGAUACGAACAAAAGGACCAAUGACAACAAGAUCUUUAUCUUAUCCUCGAACCAUAUUCGUCACUCUUCAAAGUAGGAACAAAAAGUCGCUAUUCAAAUGUCGCUAUUGUUGGACCACCAAUCGAAG